UUUUAUCAUCCACACCGGUAACAACAAUCCAACAAAAACUUAAACCAGCAAUAAAGUAUUAAACCCUAAACCCCAAACCCUAUAUUAUGCUCUGGCAGCCUGCGAAGCACAUUGAAUGAAACAUGGCGAUAUUCAAAGAGCAGGCAUUGAAUUCCGCCAAGCACGAGGAAUUAGUAGCAGCAGUGGAAGAAGAUGAUAACUACAGCGAAGACGAGGAAGAAGAUUCACAAGAUUCAGAAGGAGAAGAAGAUGCCCCGCUUAGCGAGCCUCGUAAGGACGCAGUGUACAACACCGUCGGUCUCCAUGACAAACUUGAAGAAAUCGGUUGGCCCGACAAUGUCAACUGGAUCGAUAAGCUUUGCGUGGAAUACAAAAGGGAGGGAGAAAUCGACGCCAACGAUGACCUGGCGCGGGAGAUGGCCUUUUACACGCAGGCUUUGGAGGGCACCCGCCAAGCCUAUAAUAAAUUACAGGCCAUGGGAAUCCCUUUCUUAAGACCGGAAGAUUAUUAUGCGGAAAUGGUGAAAACAGAUAAUCAUAUGCUGAAGGUGAAGGAUAAGUUGCUUUUCCAGAAGCAGAAAAUAGAGGAGGCGGAGGAGCGGAGAAAGUCGAGGGAGGCCAAGAAGUUGUCUAAGGCCGUCCAGGCGGCGAAAUUGAAGGAGAGGGCGAAGAAGAAGAAGGAGGAUUUCGAGUCAGUUAAAAAAUGGAGGAAAAUGAGGCAGAAUAGCGGUUUUAAGGACGGUGAUGAUGAAAUGCCGCUGGAUUUUGAGGAAGGAAAGAGUUCGUUUCAGAAGGGGAAGAAGAUGAGGCCUGGGGUUUCGCCUGGCGAUCGGUCUGGCGGGAAGGGGAGAAAUAAUAUGGCGUUUGGUGGAGGCAAAAAAGGGAGAAAUAUGGAGUUUGGCGGAGGGAAAAAAGGGGUGAAGAAUAGACAAUAUAAAGAUUCUAAAUUUGGACAUGGAGGGCCAAAGCGGAUGAGGAAGCAGAACACUGCGGAUUCUGCUGCAGAUGUAGCAGGGUUUUCGGGGAACCGGAAAAACAACAACAAGAAGAGAAGGAUGAAUUGAAGGUCUUUUGGGCUUUCCGUGUGCCACGUAUUUAUAAAUUUUGGCAGCACUUAGGAGGGGGGAAUGAACUGCGGAAUGUCCAUGUGGCAUUGGAUUUAGAUGAACGAGAUAAAGGAUCCAACAUUUGUUAAAAAUAAUUUUAGCUGGAUGGACGAGGCAGUAGAGCAAGAUCCAUGACCCUGCCCUUCCUGAUACCAUUCACAUUCAGAUAAGUGACAAUUGAUCCCGUGAUUAUAAAGCAUAGACGGUAUUAGUAACAUGCAAUUUUCACUUUAACAAUAUUUGCUAUGUACUUUGCAUUUUAUGCUCUACAGAGUGCAAGUUCAACACUCUCACAUGGCAAAUAUAUAGAAAAAUUGGCCAGUUUCAACCUUGUAUUUCUUUCUAGCUCUGUUGAGCUAGGUAAUUGUAAAAUUGGUAAUAUACUAUUAGAAUAUACAUUUUUAUUUGGUUUAAUGACAGAGAAAAAGCUCCAAGAAAAUUUUUUA